UUUGGGAAUUUGGUAUAUUCCCGGUUUCUGCGAAGUGGUCACACAGAACUGCGAUUGAAACGUGCACCGGCGUAUUGCGCGUAAACAUAACACAUUUCCCGGGGAUUUAUCUAGUCAUUGCCACCUGAAUGGGUCCCAGCAAGAUUCCUCCGCUGACCUACAAGGUCGUGGCGGAGUGCUCCGUCUCCAAGGCCCGGGCGGGACUGAUGACCCUAAGGCACAGCGAGGUAAACACGCCGGUCUUCAUGCCCGUGGGCACACAGGGCACCUUGAAGGGCAUCCUGCCGGACCAGCUCAUCGAGCUGAACUGCCAGAUCCUGCUGGGAAACACCUAUCACCUGGGCUUGAGACCUGGAAUCGAGACCCUCAAGAAGGCCGGUGGUCUGCACAAGUUCAUGGGCUGGCCCAGGGCCAUCCUGACUGAUUCCGGUGGCUUCCAGAUGGUUUCCCUGCUGCAGCUGGCCGAGAUCGAUGAGCACGGCGUGAACUUUCGCUCGCCCUUCGACAACAGUCAGUGCAUGCUGACGCCGGAGCACUCCAUCCAAAUCCAGAACGCCAUUGGCGCGGAUAUUAUGAUGCAGCUGGAUGAUGUGGUCAAGACCACCACCACAGGUCCCCGGGUGGAGGAGGCCAUGGAGAGAACUAUCCGCUGGGUGGAUCGCUGCAUAGAGGCGCAUGCCCGCGACGAUGACCAGUCGCUGUUCCCCAUCGUCCAGGGAGGAUUGGACGUGCCGCUGCGACAACGUUGCGUUUCCGCCCUGAUGGAGCGCCAGGUUCGAGGCUUCGCCGUGGGCGGACUAAGUGGUGGCGAGAGCAAGCACGACUUCUGGCGGACGGUGGAUGUCUGCACUGGCUAUCUGCCCAAGGACAAGCCGCGCUACCUGAUGGGCGUGGGUUUUGCGGCGGAUCUGGUGGUCUGCGUGGCCCUGGGCAUCGACAUGUUCGACUGCGUCUUCCCCACCCGGACAGCUCGAUUCGGUUGCGCCCUGGUGGACAGUGGGCAGCUGAACCUCAAGCAGCCUAAGUACAAAAUGGAUAUGGAGCCCAUCGACAAGGACUGCGAGUGCAGCACGUGUAAGCGCUAUACCCGCUCCUACCUGCACCACAUCGCCACCAACGAGAGUGUCUCCUGCUCCCUGUUGAGCAUCCACAAUUUGGCCUAUCAGCUCCGGCUGAUGCGCAGCAUGCGCGAGGCCAUCCAGCGGGAUGAGUUCCCCCAGUUCGUCACGGACUUCAUGGCCAGACACUUCGAGGCGGAGCCCGUUCCGGCUUGGAUACGAGAAGCUCUGUCAGCUGUUAACAUCCAGUUGCCGGCGGAUCCGGAGCGGACAGAUGACCAGAAACAGAGCCAGGCAAAGACCGAAAAGAGGCGCGAAACUGCGACCCUGGCAGAGGACCAGGUGGCCUCCAGCUAACAUCACAGAGAAAGCUCUGUGUUUUGAUACACUUUUAUGUAGAAGCUUAAUGUUCAUUGGCACAUUUAAAUACCCUGAAGGCAUUUUAUAUGUUAUACGUGACAUACGUCACAAAUACCUAAUAGACAUACAAAAAAUUGAAAAAAUUAACUACAUUUUAAGAAAUAAUAUAGUGCGGAGGUAUAAAUUCAUA